UUUGUCCUGAACUAUUGUGCCAUGAUAGUGCGACUGUCAAGCACUGUCAAGUGUGGUCAAGUGGUCAAGAGUAUUUAGUGACAAACCGUCAUAUAAUUUUGUGGACCCUAUGGAAUUUUCGAAAGCUUACAAUGAGUAUGUAUGCUUACUUGGGUCAUUUUUAUGGGAAUUGCCCAAAGAUAAAAGAAGAAUUGUCAAAAACUAGGGUGUCAUAGCCAUAGCUCGCAUCGAUACCAAAACAUUAUUACAAAAAUUGAGAUCAUAAAAUGUAGGAAACCAACUCAUAAAAUUAAUCACAAACCAGCAUGGACAUAAUAGCAAAACUAAUAUGAAGGCCUGAAAUCGCUCUCUAACCAUCUUUGAUCAAAACAUAACUAUGAAGAGAGGUCAAGGCAGUACAAAAAAGGGUCAGUCAGGUCGGAUUCCUACUUCCAAGCCGUUUUGCGAUUGUCGACACUGCGAAUGUAGAAACUGUCCCGACGUUCUACAAAAACUAGCGAUUACGAUAAAAGAUAGCAAGAGCGGCGGGAUCCGCGGCAAAGGGGCGAAACGAAAGAAAUGCAGUAAGAGCCUAAAGAGAGUGUCACAGACAUCAGAACAGCGGCCUAGCAUUCUAGACAUGUUGAACCCCAACCGAAAUUGCGACUGCGAAAUAAUGGCGCGCGCUAUUCGAUCUCACAUUCAUAUGAACAUGGGUAUGACCGACCAAAGAGGCGGGAAUUCGGAGCAAAGACCCUCCAACUCCAAAGACAUAGAAUAAAACAUAUGAUACAACGUUAAUUUCUAAGUAAGCAUUAAAAUACUUUUCG